AUGGCUACAGAGGCGGCAGUUACAGCAGGAGCUCUCAAUAUCGGGGACUCUAUUCCAUUCUUAGACUGGCUGGACUUGCAAGGAGUGAAGCGACGAAUGAAAAAUGUACACAAUUCAUUCGACCAAGUGAUAAGGAGAAUAAUAGAGGAGCACCAACAGCCCAUGAGGAACAUGCAGGAGGAAGAUAAGCCCCAGUCUGAUACUAAGGACAUCAUUGACGUGCUCUUGGAAAUGGAGAGUCUCGAUGGAAGGGAAAUCACAGAGAAAAACAUUAAAGCUAUUGUUUUUGAUAUUUUCUUUGCUGGAAUUGAAACGACGUCUACUUCGUUAGAUUAG